GGACUGAGUGAAUCGCUUUGAGACCUGGACCGGCGCACGAGUCAGCACCAAGGGAAAAAGCCGCAAAUAUGAUGAACGGACAGAUGAACGGUUUUCACAACGCUCUCAUUGAUGAAGACUGCUUUCUGUUCACCUCAGAGUCCGUGGGAGAGGGACAUCCAGACAAGAUAUGUGACCAAAUUAGUGAUGCUGUGCUCGACGCCCAUCUUAAGCAAGACCCAGAUGCCAAAGUAGCAUGUGAAACAGUAGCCAAGACUGGAAUGAUCCUACUGGCAGGGGAAGUGACAUCUCGUGCCACUGUGGACUAUCAGAAGGUCGUCCGUGACACUAUCAAACACAUUGGUUAUGAUGACUCCACAAAAGGAUUCGAUUACAAGACCUGCAAUGUGUUGGUGGCUUUGGAGCAGCAGUCUCCAGACAUUGCCCAAGGGGUGCACUUGGACCGCAAUGAAGAGGAUGUUGGGGCAGGGGACCAGGGUCUGAUGUUUGGCUAUGCCACUGAUGAGACAGAAGAGUGCAUGCCCCUCACUAUCAUCCUCGCCCACAAGCUCAAUGCCAAGAUGGCAGAACUGCGCCGUAAUGGUGUUCUACCAUGGCUCCGGCCGGACUCCAAGACCCAGGUGACUGUGCAAUACAGACAAGACCGUGGCGCAAUGCUGCCAGUGCGUGUCCACACAAUAGUGAUCUCGGUGCAGCAUGAUGAGGACAUUUGCCUGGAUGAAAUGCGUGAUGCACUGAAGGAGAAGGUGGUCAAAGCUGUGGUCCCAUGUGUCUACUUGGACGAUGACACCAUCUACCAUCUGCAGCCCAGUGGCCGUUUUGUGAUUGGGGGACCUCAGGGUGAUGCUGGCUUAACAGGUCGCAAGAUCAUUGUCGACACUUAUGGAGGCUGGGGUGCCCACGGUGGAGGAGCUUUCUCUGGUAAAGACUACACUAAAGUAGACCGAUCCGCUGCCUAUGCUGCCCGUUGGGUGGCUAAGUCUCUAGUCAAAGCCGAGCUGUGUAGGCGUGUCCUUGUGCAGGUAUCCUAUGCCAUUGGAGUGGCACAUCCUCUGUCUAUCUCCAUCUUCCAUUAUGGCACAUCCCAAAAGAGUGAGAGGGAACUGCUAGACAUUGUCAAAAAGAACUUUGACCUCCGUCCAGGAGUCAUUGUGAGGGACCUGCAGCUGAAGAAGCCCAAUUAUCAGAGGACAGCCGCCUAUGGCCACUUUGGCCGUGACUCCUUCUCUUGGGAGAUUCCCAAAAAGCUGCAAUACUAAACCGGUGUUAAACUUUUUUCCCUAGGCCUGCUGACGUAGCCUACAGAGAAGUCUGCAUGGCUCAAAGGGAGGAAAAGUUAAGCCAGAUUUAUUCGCACAGUCAUUGCCUUUUGAUCUUUUUCAGGCAGAUUUUAACUAGCCACUAAAAAUCGCAAGGCAAAUUUCUGCUGAAGGCUAGAUCUUAAAACACUAGAUUAUUUUUUUUAGCAAUGACCUCUUUGGUCACUUGAUUUCCUAAAUGAAUUAAUGACAUGAUACAUAUACAAAUGCACUCAGCACGCAUACAACUUGACAAAACCAAACAUGAAGUCAUUUUACUUCUUACUCUGUACAACAGGGUUACAAACUGGUAUCAAAACCUUUGCAUUAUUUAUUUGUGCUCCUACACUUUACAUGUGUACUUAAAGAGGCUGUGCUCUCUAGAGCAGCUAUUUCCGAAGGCGGCAUUUUAGUUUGUAACUCUUCCAGUGGUCUUUGGUGGUUCCAAAGUGUACUACAGAAAAACUUUGGGUGCCAGCCACAAGGAGGCCACUGGCAAGAGGUAUGGUAAGAGGUAUGUAGUGCCGUUUUGAGUUAAUGGUGCCUAUUCUCUCUAUGGCUUUCACUGGCAUUUCUGGUUAAUUUUUUCUUUAUACUAACCCCAGAAAGAUUGCAAAUUUUGGCUGGUGUUGUACAGAGAAACCAGCUUUGUUUACAUGCAGUCUCUCUCUCUUUCUCUCUCUCUCUCUCUCUCUUGUUUCUGAGUACAUUUAUUUUAUUUCACUCUUUUGUUAUAUUAUUUUGUUUAUUUUU